GCGGCUCCCUGCAGCCCGAGCCGCAUGACGCGCGGAGGAGGCAGCGGGAGCCGCCGGGGCCGCCGGAGCCGGGAUCGGGGCGCCGCGCGCGGGGGGUGGGCGCCGCUCGCUCCGCCCCGCGAAGCCCCCACGCGCCCGGGGACGCGUCCCCCUCGCUGCAGCCGCGCCAGGCUCCGCCGUGUGGCCGCCGCCGCCGCCGCCGCUGCCAUGUCCCCGGGGAAGCCCGGGGCGGGCGGAGCGGGGACUAGGCGGACCGGCUGGAGGAGGAGGAGGCGGAGGCGGCGGCCGGAGGCGGCGACGAGGGCGCCCGAGCUCGGGCACACGGCGGGGCCCGGCUCGCGCGUCCCGGGCACGUUCCAGGGCGCGCGGGGCAUGAAGCCGGCGGCGCGGGAGGCGCGGCCCCCUCCGCGCUCGCCCGGGCUGCGCUGGGCGCUGCCGCCGCUGCUGCUGCUGCUGCGCCUGGGCCAGAUUGUGUGCGCAGGUGACUUGACAUCUGCAGCCGUCGAGGUUAAGGGGACUGAGGCCCCAGGACACUUUUCAACAGUAACUGUGACCAGUCCAAGUGGCCAGAGUCAGUGGAAUUCCCAAGGAGAUGGGGCCGGGAAGACUUCAUCUGAGGGGCUGACUCCUGGGACGAGCUAUCCAGUCAGCUUUUCAGAUGCCUCUUCUACCUGCUGUCAAGUGCAAACAGAACCCAGUCCUACGUCUGUCACUGAAGCUGUUUCCAUCGGUCCAUCCAGUGAGACCUCAACUUGGAAAAACAACAACAUAACUGCUUCUAACAAUGGUGAGCUGCUUACAACAAAGAGUGAGAUAGAAAACAGCCCGAUGACUCUUGUUGCAAGUCCAACAGGAGAUAACAUCACAGAUUUCAGUCCAACAACUCCACAUCCACACUCUAUCACUACGGAAUUAGUCAGCAAGCCUAAUGGAGAGCCUGCGGACAGAGCUGUUAUAACAGAUCCUCAUCCAGUGUCAGAUCUGUGCGUUGCUUUCGUGGGUGUGACGCAAGUUACUCUCACCUGGAGGAAUGGUAAUGACACUGCCACCUGCCGGAUGCUCCUUGAACUCACUGGCAGCCCUAAAGAGAUGACUCAAGACUUAGCAGUCAAUAUUUCAGACCUGAAGCCAGGGAUUCAAUACAAGGUCACCUUGUAUUUUCCAGAAUCAAAUGAGGCACAGAGAGACCUCCUGGUUACAGAAAGUAGCUUGGGUACCAACACCACAGACAGCUACUCUCAGCCACCCAGAAGCCCCAGUGCCCUUGUGAUCAACGAUCGCCCAGAAUCUUCAAACUCAUCCUCUGAUGGUCGUGUGACCCGAGACACGGAAGUCCUGCUUUUGGGGUUAAAGUCUGACACACAAUACAACGCCACUGUUUAUUGUCGAGCAGAAGGUGGCACUGAGGGACAGCCCCAGACCAUCAAAUUCAAGACAAACUCCAGUCAGGUUUUUGACAUCCAAGUUGUGAACAUCAGUGCCACAAACAUGACCCUGACCUGGAAAAUCAACGAUAAUGAGUCAUCCUCUGUCUAUAUGUAUGAGAUACAAGUUGCUACGGAGACCAGUGUCCUCAAUGUCACCGUCAAUGAGACUCGUGCCCUCAUCAGUCAGCUCAGCCCUAGUACCUUAUACAACAUCGCCGUGCGUCCUUUCCUUGGCAACGGUUCUAAGGGCAUGCCAGGCUUUCUCCAAGUGUACACCCCCCCUGGACCAGUUUCCGACUUUCGAGUGACGAGUGUCAGCAUGAGGGAGAUUGGCUUAGCUUGGAGCAGCAACGACUCAGAUUCCUUUGAGAUACAUACCACAUGGGUUCCAGCUGGAACACAUUCGGUAGAAACCACCACCAACCAGAGUAUUGUCAUUGGUGGCUUAUACCCUGGAACUGAGUAUUGCUUUGAAAUAUUUCCACAAGGACCAAAUGGGACAAAAGGGGAUUCCCAGACAAUUUGCGAUAGAACUGCCCCCGGUGCAGUGUUUGACAUCCGUGUGAUCCAUGUCAACACGACGGAAAUGCAGCUGGAGUGGCGGAAUACGGACAAUGCUUCUGAGUACAUCUACCAUCUAGUCGUACAGUCUGAGAACGGCUCUUGUGAGAGGAACAGUUCCUACAGAGCAGUCACUCUCCGGGACCUGAGCCCGGGCACCUUGUAUAACAUCACGAUCUCUCCAGAAGUGAACCAUGUUCGUGGGAUCUCCAACUUCACGGAACAGUACACACGGCCCAGCACUGUGUCUGACAUUGAAAUAAGUACCAACACCACAGCAGCAACCUUAAAGUGGCAGAACUCUGACGAAGCCUCUCCCAGGUACACCUACCGCCUUCUUUUUGGGAAGGAUGGAAAUUCCAGCCACACGGCAGCCACAGUCACUGGCGUCACCUCUGCUACAGUCACCGGAUUAAUACCUGGCUCAUCGUACACAGUGGAGAUCUUCACACAAGUGGGGGAUGUCACCGAGUCACUGGCACCUGGCUCGCAGUCAUUCUGUACAGAUCCUGCACCAGUAGCCUCCUUCCACUGUGAGGUCGUCCCCAAAGAGCCGACCUUGGUUCUCAAGUGGGCCUGCCCUCCCGGCACCAACGCAGGCUUCAGGCUGGAGAUCAGCUGUGAGGCCUGGCAAAAUCUGACAUACCGGAAGAGCUGCUCCUCGGAGAACAACACCGAGUACAGGACGGAAGUCACGUAUUUGAAUUUUUCUACCUCGUACAACAUCAGCAUCACUGCCUUGUCCUGUAACAAGACGGCACCCCCCUCCCAAAGCACGUGCCUCACUGGCAUCACAGACCCCCCUUCUCCAGAUGGAUCCCCUAAUAUUACAUCUGUCAGUCACAAUUCAGUCAAGGUCAAGUUCAGUGGGUUUGAAGCCAGCCAUGGACCCAUCAAAGCCUACGCUCUCGUUCUCACCACUGGGGAAGCUGUUCACCCGUCUACAGAUGUUUUGAGAUAUACGUAUGAAGAUUUCAAAAAGGGGGACUCAGACACUUACGUGACAUACCUCAUAACAACAGAAGGAAAGAGACGCUCUCAGGGCUUGUCUGAAGUCUUGAAAUACGAAGUUGAUGUUGGGAAUGAGUCAACCACGCACGGCUAUUACAACGGGAAGCUGGAACCCCUGGGCUCCUAUCGGGCUUGUGUGGCUGGCUUCACCAAUAUUAUCUUUCACUCUUCCAAUGACGGACUCAUAGACGGGGCCAAGAGCUACGUGUCCUUCGGUCGCUGUUCAGAUGCUGUUUUCUUGCCCCAGGAUCCAGGUGUCAUCUGUGGAGCGGUUUUUGGAUGUAUCUUCGGUGCCCUGGUUAUUGUGGCCGUGGGAGGCUUCAUCUUCUGGAGAAAGAAAAGGAAAGAUGCAAAGAACAAUGAACUGUCCUUUUCUCAAAUAAAACCUAGAAAAUCCAAGUUAAUCAAAGUGGAGAAUUUUGAGGCCUACUUUAAGAAACAGCAAGCCGACUCCAACUGUGGAUUUGCAGAAGAAUACGAAGAUCUGAAGAUUGUUGGAAUUAAUCUACCCAAAUAUGCAGCUGAACUGGCUGAGAAUAGAGGAAAGAAUCGCUAUAAUAAUGUUCUGCCCUAUGACAUUUCCCGUGUCAAGCUUUCAAUCCAGACCCAUUCAACUGAUGAUUACAUCAAUGCCAACUACAUGCCUGGCUACCAUUCCAAGAGAGAUUUUAUUGCCACACAAGGACCUUUACCCAACACCUUGAAAGACUUUUGGCGUAUGGUUUGGGAGAAAAACAUAUAUGCCAUUGUUAUGUUGACCAAAUGUGUUGAACAGGGAAGGACCAAAUGUGAGGAGUACUGGCCCUCCAAGGAUGGGGUUUAUGAAGCUCUAAGGAGGGGAAGGUGUAAGAAUAUCCAGACAAGUGAGAGUCACCCUCUGCGACAGUUCCAUUUCACCUCUUGGCCGGACCACGGCGUUCCUGACACCACUGACCUGCUCAUCAACUUUCGGUACCUUGUUCGUGACUACAUGAAGCAGAGUCCUCCCGAAUCGCCGGUGCUGGUGCAUUGCAGUGCCGGGGUUGGAAGGACGGGCACUUUCAUUGCCAUUGAUCGUCUUAUCUAUCAGAUAGAGAAUGAGAACUCUGUGGAUGUGUACGGGAUUGUGUCUGACCUUCGAAUGCACAGGCCUUUAAUGGUGCAAACAGAGGACCAGUAUGUUUUCCUCAAUCAGUGUGUUUUGGACAUUAUCAGAUCCCAGAGGGACUCAAAAGUAGAUCUCAUCUACCAGAACACAAACGCAAUGACAAUCUAUGAAAACAUUGCCCCAGUGAGCACGUUUGGGAAGACAAAUGGUUACAUCGCCUAAUUCCAAAGGAAAACCUUUCUGGAGUUAACCAGAACAUCACACCCACAGCAAAGGAAAAUGCCCCGAUGUUGACAUGUUUUUAUAUGUCUAAUAACUUAAUUCUUUGUUCUGUUUUGUUAGAACUAACUUGAGGGCGUGAAGCUGCACACAUAAAACAUGACCGAUGAGAAGUUGGGGCUGUUGGGGGCUGUGGAUGGGUGGUGAGCACAUCAACUGUAUUCCUGAUUACCAAUGGGAUGAGUUCACUUUUUGUUUUUUCUUAAGAAUUACAGAACACCAGGAAAAGUGAGCUGUGAUUUUCUUUUUUUUUCAAAAUAGAUUCUUUUUUUAAAAAAAGACUAUUUUAUAUGAUUCACAUGCAAAAGCCAGGAUUGUGUUGGGUUGAAUAUAUUUUAAGUAUCAGAGGUCUAUUUUUACCUACUGUAUCUUGGGAUCUAGCUGAUGGAAAGUACAUAAUUGUGGAUGAUGAUCAUGUAGGGAGGGGUACGUGGUGCCUCUUCUGCUUGGGUUUUCUAUUUGAACAUGUGCCUUUUCUGAAUUAUGCUUCCACAGGCAAAACUCAGUAGAUAUCUAUAUUUUUGUAUUGAAUCUCAUAAUUGGAAUAUACAAAAUAUUUAAACAGUAGCUUAGUAUCAGAGGUUCAGCCUUCUCAGUAACAUUCCUGUUGAUCAGAGGAGGCCCUUGCCCCACUUCCCACACCCCCAUUUUGUGCUUUAUUCUCUUUCCUUUCCCUCCCAGUUUUCCCCAAAGACACCUCUGUUGGCUACAUUUUCAGCCCCUUGGUUGAGUGAGCGUGGGAACUAAAUAUCACCCUGAGAACCUCUGUGGGGGGCGAAGCAGAGGGACCCUAUAGUGAUGUAAUGUCCAUUUCUUCUCCCUGCGUUGUUUUUUUUCUCAAUUCUGUAUUUGUUAAGAAGGAUUAUUUAAAGGUGCAAUAUGUGACUUAGUGAUUCAUGAGGCUCUAGGUUUUUAGUAACGUUUUACUCAGGUUGGCAAUUUAUGUGUCUGUGUGUCAGUGUAUAUGUGUGUGUGUUUUUAAAAGUGUGGCGAUCUGUGAACACUUCAGUGUGAAAACAGUGUCAAAUCAAUUCCUCCUUCCUCGAAGUCCACUGGCUUUAGUUUGUAUCUGCAGUGACACAUAUUGGUAUCUACUGUAUAAAUAUAUACUAAACUCUUAAAA